AUGAUUCAAAGUCACUUACAAAUCAUUGUUGUGUUGUUGGCAGACGGUGUGACCAACUCUUAUCAGAUGAUGGUGGUAUCCACAGCGGAGGAAUGGUUCUCCUUCAAGUCUCUGCUGCAGAAUUGCUCAGGUGAUAAACACCUGCAGGUAACUUCUCAAGGAUCCCAUCAGGCCUGUGACCUGACUGUGGACGGCCGCUCAGUCAGCCUGCACUAUGCAGAGAUAAAGCAGAGCAUGACUGAGGAGGACAUGAGUCAGGAGUUAGAUGGGUGCUUUAGAGCCUGCGCUGAUGGGAUCUGCACUUUUCUGCUGCUUAUCCAAGGUGGACAUUAUACAAAGACAGAAAGAGGGUUGGUUGAGGUUUUGCAGGCUCACUUUGGAGAAGAGGCUUUAAAAUUCUUGAUGGUUCUCUCUCUGGAAGACGGAAAAGUUGCUGACACAUUCGAUGACGCCCUCCUGGAGUUACUUCAAAUGUGUGAGGGGAGGUACUCCCAAAUCACAUCAUCUGCAGCCGGUGACAAACUGCGCUCUCUUCUCAAGAUGGUCGACCACAUGCUGACUGAAAACGGCCUCACGGGCUACACAGAAGUCAUGCUGACAGAAGCAAAGACGAGGGGCAUGGAGAAUUCGUCCAUGAAGAUACUGAGACAGAAGGUGCUGGAGGCUGAGGAAAACGAGCAGGCUUUUGAGCUGAUGGUUCAACAACAGGAGGAGAGAAGAGCCAAAGAGAUGGAGGAGCUGAAGGCGAAACAUGCGGAGGAAAGACAGAAGGAGGCCGCUGAGAGAAAGCAACACGAGAAGAGAAAAAAGAGCUCCGAGGAGGCUGUGAUCAGCCACAGAGCCACGCUGAAGCCCCAGAUCACCCCCACUGAUGGUAACACUUUCCUCAUGUUGAUUUGAAAACUUCAGUCUUUUUUUCUGUGGUGGUUCAGAAGAAAGAUUAUGUUUACAUCUUAGUAAAUCUUAAUGGUUUUAAAAGCAGACUGAAAAUGUACUUUUUCAGUCUUGCUUUAAACUAAAUUUUAUAUCAUUAACUUUAAGUGUUUAAGCAUUUAUCUCUUUCUAGUUUUAAUGACAGGAUCGUCUUUUAUCGAACUAUUAUUGAGCUAUACUUCUAAUUUCUUUAAUUUCAUUCUAUGUUACUUUGUUUUUAGAUUUUAACCUAAACCUCCAGUGUUUCCUUAUCUUGAGUUUUAAAAUGACGUUUCCUCAGUGCGCACAUUCCUGUUUCCACAAAAUCAAGCCUUUUUAAGUUUAUGCAUUUUAAUACUGUUCAGAUCGUGGGGUGGGAAUGAGGGGUUGGGUUGGGGUAGAUUUAGGUAUUCUUUGUUUCUUUUAUUCCUUUCUUUGUGUAAAGCACUUUGUGCUACAUGGUCGUGUAUGAUAAGCGCUGUAUAAAUACAGACUGAUUGAGUAAUUGAGUAGUGUAGUGGUUAGCUCUGUCGCCUCACAGCAAGAAGGUCCUGGGUUUGAAUCCGGGUCAGGGCGUUUCUGUGUGGAGUUUGCAUGUUCUCCCUGAGAAAACAUGCAGAAGUGGGGUUAGGUUAAUUGGCCACUUACAAAUUGCCUGCAAGUGUGAAUGUGAUCAUGGAUGGUUGUUCAUCUCUAUAUGUCAGAACUGGCGACUUGUCCAGGGUGUCCCCUGCUUUCGCCUGAAGAUGCUGGGAUAGGCUCCAGCCCCCCCACGACCCCGGGGAACAGGAAUAAACAGUAGAAAAUGGGUGGAUGGGUGGUUGAUUAAUACAAGAGAUUUUCUUGAUGCUGCAGCUUCUACCACCAGGUGGUGAUACAGACACACAGUAAUAUUGGCAGGCCACAGCCAGAAGAAUCUGAAGGCGCUUUUCAACAGCAGGAACCUUUUUAUGAGCUCUGUGCAUUUUGAUAGAAAGAACCAGGGUCUGAGUUUAUGGUGGAAAUGUCAUGAUUUCAAAAAUACCUUUCUUCUCUUUUUUCUUUCUCUAAGAUGACAACGUAAAGAAGAUGUCCAUCGUCCUGUUGGGUCUAUCUGGCAGCGGGAAGACCUCUGCUCUGAAUCUGAUCCUAGAGAGAGUAGGAAACCAGUACUUAGCUAAUGAGUCUAGUCUGGAACCCCCUGAGCCCACCUUGUCUUGUGAGAGACAGGAAGUGCUCGCUGCAGGGAGGAAACUCAUCCUCGUGGACACGCCUGAGCUGUGGGAUGAAGACGGCUUUGAGGACUUGGAGCAGGUCAAGGACUGCCUGUCUUUGUCCUUACCGGGACCACAAGUCUUCCUGCUGGUUCUCCAGAUGGGCCGCUUCACCCAGGGCGAGUGUGAGAUGCUGGUGCACCUGCAGAGGAUAUUCGGAAGAGAGUUUACCGAGUACACCAUCGUUCUCUUCGUCAGCUUCGACGGCAGCCACCUCAGGCCUCAGAGGAUCGACGACCACGUCGCCGGAGCCCACGCUGCCCUGCAGGAUCUGAUCAGGAAGUGUGGGAGCAGGUAUUAUGAGCUGAAUGUGACCAAGUCUCACAACGCUCUGAACUGUCUUCAAGUGAAAGACCUGCUGACAGGAAUCAAUAAACUGGUGGCUUCACAUGGAGGUCAGCCCUACGCAGUGAGGAGGUUCUCUGUGCAGGAGCUGCAGGAGAGACGGAAAUACAUGGAGGAGAGGAAGGAGGGAGCUUUAGAAGUAAACAGCCUGUUAAGAGAUUCUUGA